AGAUGCAAGCAGCAUUAACAUGGAUCUCUUUAAAUGCUCUCUGGUGAUACAGGGUGCGAUGGAAAGUGAAGUGCUUAAUCCCAGUACAUAGGCAGAACCUUUUUGCUUAUAUAAAGUCUGGCCUUAAUAUAACACCUAACAUAAUUGUAACACACGAAUUUGGCCAAUAAUAAAAGCUUCCAAGUGUUCCAAAUAUUAGACAGAUAUGCAUUAAGGGAGAAAAUUCACUGUCUGUACUAUGAGUUUUAUCAUUAUGUGAUACGAUCUUUUGCAUGAAUUUCUUAUCUAGCAGUACACGUUAACUGUGGCACGAUAUAGUGGCGGUGACGCUGGGGCAUCCGGUGUUACAAGCGGACGUGAAGAUGGUAUAGUUAUUCUUCAGGCUAAGCAUUUGUAGUGUACGCUUCCCUUCAGGCCCGGGAGGAGAGUCACCAUGAACACCACCUUCCGCACCGCCAUCACCAGUGUGGCCUUCCUCUCCACGGUCACACCAAGGACCGUGGAGGAGGAGAGGAUCUGGCAGUUGAAAGUAGUGGGCUACUGGGUGCUGAUGCCCAUCGUGAUAGUGGUGGGAGUGGCUAUCAACGCCGUCGGCAUUUACCUCCUCCACCGACCACGGAUGCAAAGUCUGCCGGCCACAGUGUACUUGAAGCUGCUGCUCAGCCUUGACGUGGCCGUCCUGCUGGUCGCCAUCAUCGUCGUUCUCACGUUUAAUGGGUGCUACAUACACUCUUCUUACUCUGUGGCACGCUACAUUGUGUACCCCUUCUUCGCAGCAUUUUACAUACUACAAAGCUUCAGCCAUUACACCAUUGUGUGGCUAAGCUAUGACCGCUUCCUGGCUGUGUGGUUUUACCACUACUACAACCAGACGCAACAACCACUAGUUAAGAGGCUUCGCAUUAUCUUCACCGGAUUGUUCUGUAUUGUACUGAACCUCAGGCACCUACUGGAAGUGAGUGUGUUGUGUUUCACAGACAAAAAAUUGGUGGCGAUCGCUAACAACACGGACUGCGAGCAAGGUUCCUGGUAUGUGGAGGAUGUUGUUCAAGAAAAAGGCCCGGGCAUGGUGUGGGAAGAUGGGAUAAUCGCUGCUCGCAUUGUGCUGCUGAUGAUCGUCCCUGCAGUGCUGGUGCUGGUGUUCAGCUCCGGCAUCGUGGUGGGCAUGGUCCGCCACCGCCUACAAAAUGUGGCUGCCACUACACACACGCGUGACCAGGCCUUCUCUGCCAUCUAUAUCACCCUGUUUCUUUCCUUCACUUUUAUUAUCAUGAUCGUGGCCGGUAUUACCUUUAUCAGUGUGCAUUCCCUGCGAUGCCAUGGGUCAUUCGCCAAGGAAGUGUUCCUUAUAGUAUUCUAUUUCGUUUUGCUGGGAGAGCACACCACUCACAUCUUCUUCCUAGCCAUCAACCAGAUCUUUCGGGAAGAACUGAAAAUUCUGUUUAGCGCUAUCAAGAGGUGCCGUAACAAUACCCUUGUGAGGAUGGUUCAGACCAGCUGUCCCUCAUUCUGCACACGCUCAACCUCAACGACGCACAACACACACAUGGAAAAUCCCACGCUGUCAUCAGUUGGUGAACAGGCUGAAGAAACAACGGAAGCCUAGACUCCUGU